AACCACAAAGCCUGAGAUACCAACCAGCGCGAAAGUGAGUGCAAAAAUACCAACAUUUACGCGGAAAAAAUACUUCAAACCACAAUCGAUUAGCGCUGCAAAUUGCAAGCUUGAGUGCGGGAGCAGAGUGCGUGUGUGUGUGAGAGAGCGAAAGAGAGUGCAAAGGAAGAUCAGCGAAAAAGUGAGACUCAAAGUGGAAGCUAACGGAAUACGGAUGCUCAAAUAAACUUGAGAAAAUGUGCAAUUACUUGUAAAACAAAAACAGAACAAAAAGCAUUUAGAAAACCUUUAAGGAUUAAGUCAACCAUACAGGUGGAGGACUCGUGACAUCACAGCCGGUCCAGAGCAAGAACAACAAUCGCGUUUAACCUCAAAUUGAGAGAGGUCCAGUCGCCAAAAUGGUUUCACACUACUAUAAUACACUGCCCUACACGCAAAAGCAUAGUGCCGCCAAUCUGGCCUAUGCCUCCGCCGCCGGCCAGCCCUGGAACUGGACGCCCAACUAUCACACGCCGCCGAAUCACCAGUUCCUGGGCGAUGUGGACUCGUCGCAUGCGGCCCAUCAUGCCGCCGCUGCCCAUCAGAUGUACUACAACUCCCAUCACAUGUUCCACUCGGCGGCAGCGGCCGGGGAUUGGCAUUCACCCGCCUCCAGCUCGGCGGCGGCCGACAAUUUCGUCCAGAAUGUACCCGCAUCGGCACACCAACUGAUGCAGCAGCAUCAUGCCCAUGUGGGUGGCGGUCUGGCCAGUGCCGGAUCCAGCAGUUCCGCCAGCUCGGGCAGCAGUUCCGCCGGUGGACCGGGACCCACUGUGGGUGGCACGCAGCUGAACGAGACGAACAGCAGUCUGGGCGCCGAGGCACCGCCCAAUCACUCCCAGCAGCAGCAGCAGCACAUAGCCGAAGGACUGCCAUCGCCACCGAUUACCGUUUCGGGAAGUGAGAUCUCCAGUCCUGGUGCACCCACAUCGGCCUCGUCGCCGCAUCACCAUCUUGGCCACCAUCUGAGUGGUCCUUCUGGCAACAACAACAACAGUCCAUCCACCCACAACAACAACAACAGUGUCUCUGUAAAUAACAACAACAAUCGAACAUCGCCACAGAAACCGCAGUACUACGAAUGGAUGAAGAAGCCCGCAUAUCCAGCGCAACCCCAACCCGGCAAAACCCGCACCAAGGACAAAUAUCGCGUGGUCUACACCGAUUUCCAGCGCCUAGAGUUGGAGAAGGAGUACUGCACUUCCCGUUACAUCACCAUCCGCCGCAAGAGCGAACUGGCCCAAACCCUAUCCCUGUCCGAGCGUCAGGUGAAGAUCUGGUUCCAGAACCGUCGCGCCAAGGAGCGGAAACAGAACAAAAAGGGCAGCGACCCCAAUGUGAUGGGCGGGGUUCAGCACACGGACUACAGCCAGCUGAUGGACGCCAAGGCGAAACUGGAGCCGGGCCUGCACUUGCCGCACACCCUGCACUCGAUGAAUCCCAUGGCCAUGAACAUACCCGCGAUGCGCCUGCAUCCGCACCUGGCGGCGCACAGUCAUUCGCUUGCAGCGGCAGCGGCGCAUUCCCAUCAGCUCCAGCACAGUGCCCAGAUGUCCGCUGCGGCGGUGGCCGGCGUCGGGGCGCUGUCGAUGUGACAUGAUUAUGAGGGGGCCACUGCUGCGGCGGCCGCUGCCUCUGCUGCCGAUGGACAUCAUCCAAGAGCAGCGACGUCGGCGUCGACAGCAAUGUGCUAUAGCAACAAUAUCAUCCACAACAACAGUUAUAUGGAUCAUCAUCACGAGCAGCAUCCGCUAAUGGGGGUGGGUGGUGGUGGUGUGAGC